GCCGACGGUGAUCGGUGCCGCGGCCAAUGAUCGGCCAACCGACCGUGAGCGCCGCGGCUGUGGCGCUGACCGUGGCGAUCGUGGCCGUGGUCGCGCUGUGGACGCCCGCCGCAUCCGCGGCCACGCUCACGCGGGUCGUCCAGACCCGGUACGGAAAGCUUCAGGGCGUGGUGCGCACCGUGGACGCGGCCGUGUCCGCGACUCCCGGCGCACCUCCGUCCGCCACCGUCGACACGUUCCUGGGCGUGCCGUACGCAACGCCGCCCGUCGGCUCCAACCGUUUUGGCCCCACUCGCACCCCGUCGCCUUGGGACGGCGUCCGCAUGGCCGACGCCCCCGGGCCCGUGUGUCCGCAACGCUUGCCGGACGUGUCCAACGAGACGGCAGCCCUCAACCGCAUGCCCGUCGGCCGGCUCGUCUACCUCAAGCGCCUGUUGCCGUACCUGCGCAACCAGUCCGAGGAUUGCCUGUAUCUGAACAUCUACGCCCCAUCACAAGGGAGCAGAAUCGUCCGAAAGUAUCCCGUAUUGGUGUUCAUACACGGGGAAUCGUACGAGUGGAAUUCCGGCAACCCUUACGACGGACGAGUGUUGGCCAGCAACGCGGAAUUGGUCGUGGUCACGUUGAACUACAGACUCGGCAUAUUGGGAUUUUUGAACGCCAACGGUUCGCCCAAUUCGAGGGCCCGAGUGGCCAACUACGGCCUUAUGGAUCAAAUAGCCGUGCUCCACUGGGUGCAACAAAACAUUGUACUGUUCGGCGGUGAUCCGGAGAACGUUUCUUUGAUGGGUCACGGGCCCGGAGCCGCUUGCAUAAACUUCUUGAUGAUAUCACCAACAGUGGUUCCAGGACUUUUCCGUCGGGCGAUACUGCUGUCGGGUUCAGCACUGAGCAGUUGGGCUCUGGUCGAGGAUCCCGUAUCGUACGCCCUGGACCUAGCCAAGCAGGUGAACUGCACAACCGACGGGACCGGAAACAAUCCGGAACCGAUCGUGGACUGUCUGCGGGAAGUGCCCCUGGACCUGUUGAUGUCUGCCGGCGUCGCGUUGCCCACGUACCUGAGCGCUUUCGGGCCCAGCGUUGACGGGGUGGUGGUGAAGAGCAACUACCAGGAGGACGUCAUCACCAAUCUGCUACCAGAGUUUGACGGGUACAGCGGGUCCAGCGUGGCUUUCGGUGCACGCAAGUUUCAAAAGUUCGAAUUUGGCAGUGGCAUCAACAAGUACGACCUGCUGUUUGGUGUCGUCACGAGCGAGGCGCUCUGGCGAUUCAGUUCCAACGACAUACAGGCCGGCUUCGAAGGUGACCGCCGAGACAAAAUCCUGCGCACUUACGUCCGGAAUGCAUACAGCUAUCACCUGUCCGAGAUAUUCUUCACCAUCGUCAACGAGUACACGGACUGGGAGAGGACUGUCCUGCACCCAAUCAACACCAGGGACGCGACGAUUGCUGCUCUGAGCGACGCCCAGUACGUGGCGCCUCUGGUGCACACAGGUGACAUGCUCAGCCAGCCGAAGACACCUGCUGCCGACGACCUCAACAAGGACCGCAGGACCAAAUCCUUUUUCUACGUGUUCGACUAUCAGACCAGGGACGGUGACUAUCCUCAGAAAUAAAUAUACAUAAACAAUGAGGAGAUUGGAUCAAAAAUCAAAAUUUAGACUAUAAUACGUUAAUAACCACUUUGUAGCAUUUUUAUCACAAUAGUAAUUUGAAA